AUGCAUCUUUCACUGUGGAAGCCCAUUUCUCAUUGUGCUUCUUUGAUCAUGGACAAGAAGGGAAGGAAGAAAGGUGAGUCCGUGGCUGAUAUAAAAAGAAACCCGUCAAUGCUUCGGAAGCUGCAAGAAAACAAGCUGAGGGAAGCUCUGGAAGAAGCUUCAGAAGAUGGAUCACUCUCCAAAUCGCAUGACAUGGAACCUGAUACUGUUGGGAACCAGGAUGAGAGCCUUGGGAGAUCCAGAUCGCUGGCUAGACUGCACGCUCAGCGCGAGUUUCUUCGCGCUACUUCUCUUGCGGCUGAGCGGACGUUUGAGUCUGAGGAAGAUAUUCUUAGCCUCCAAGAAGCAUUUUCCAAGUUUCUCACUAUGUAUCCUAAGUAUGUGUCGUCGGAGAAAAUUGAUCAGUUGAGGUCCGAUGAGUAUUCUCAUUUGCCGCCUAAGGUAUGCCUUGAUUAUUGUGGAUUUGGACUAUUCUCUUUUGUUCAGACCCUUCAUUAUUGGGAGUCUUGUACGUUUAGCUUGUCUGAGAUAACUGCUAAUUUGAGUAACCAUGCACUUUAUGGUGGUGCUGAAAAAGGAACUGUUGAGUAUGAUAUAAAGGCUAGGAUUAUGGACUAUCUGAAUAUCCCUGAGAAUGAAUAUGGCCUUGUUUUUACUGUUAGUAGAGGAUCUGCUUUUAAAUUGUUGGCUGAGUCGUACCCUUUCCAAACGAACAAAAAACUGUUGACCAUGUUCGACCAUGACAGCCAAUCUGUUAAUUGGAUGGCUCAGUGUGCUAGGAGUAAGGGUGCCAAAGUGCACAGUGCUUGGUUCAAAUGGCCAACUCUCAAACUCUGCUCUACUGAUUUGAGAAAACAGAUUUCCAAUAAGAAGAAGAGGAAGAAGGAUUCAGCUACUGGUCUUUUUGUAUUCCCAGUUCAGUCCAGAGUAACUGGAGCUAAAUAUUCCUACCAGUGGAUGGCCUUGGCGCAGCAGAACAACUGGCAUGUCCUGCUCGAUGCUGGGUCAUUGGGCCCCAAAGACAUGGAUUCGCUUGGCUUGUCACUUUUCAGGCCAGAUUUCAUAAUUACAUCAUUUUACAGGGUAUUUGGGUAUGAUCCCACAGGUUUUGGCUGUCUACUGAUAAAAAAAUCGGUGAUGGCAAGCCUUCAAAAUCAAUCAGGCAGUACCGGGUCUGGAAUGGUAAAGAUUACCCCCGAGUUUCCAGUCUAUUUGAGUGACUCUGUAGAUGGUUUGGACAGAUUGGCUGGGACUGAAGAUGACGAAUUCAAUGCGGUUGGUGAUAAGACUUUUGAACCUCGCCAGGGAUCACAGUUGCCUGCCUUCUCUGGUGCGUACACGUCUGCACAAGUCAGGGAUGUAUUUGAGACUGAAAUGGAUCACGACAGUUCUGAAAGAGAUGGAACCAGCACUAUAUUUGAAGAAACCGAGAGUAUAUCUGUGGGAGAAGUGAUAAAGAGCCCUGUCUUCAGUGAGGAUGAGUCUUCUGACAACUCAUUUUGGAUUGAUUUGGGUCAGAGUCCAAUGGGGUCAGACAAGGUAGGUCAAUCAAAUAAACUGAAGAUAUCUUCUCCCCUUCCACCAUUCUGGUUCAGUGGGAAGAAGAACCAGAAGCAGCAUUCUCCAAAACCAUCUUCCAAUAUGUAUGGCAGUCCUAUUUUUGAUGACAGAGACGUAAACCUAGGUUCUCAUGACGAACGUCAUGUGCUGUCAUUUGAUGCUGCCGUCUUAAUGUCACAAGAACUAGAUCGGGUCAAAAAGGUCCCUGAAGAAGAGCAAGUUGACGAAGUUCAUCAUUAUUCAGUAAAUGGAAAUGUGCCAGAUCGUUCACAUGUCAGUGAGAUAAUGGAAGAACCUGGAACCAGUGAAGCUGUUCAAAAUGGAUCUGUUGCUAUGAGAGAGUCUUGGCUCGUUAAUUCAGCAUCUCUUACUAGGCAUCAAAGCCUGGAAAAUGGCUCUGCCUCUGAUGUUAAAGAGAGCGCUAUAAGAAGAGAAACUGAAGGUGAAUUUAGGCUGUUGGGUAGGAGAGAAGGGAAUCGAUAUGGUGGUGGUAGGUUGUUUGGUUUGGAAGAUGAUGAACACAAUAGCAGAGGAAGAAGAGUGUCAUUUAGCUUAGAAGACAAUCAUAAAGAGCACCCGAGAGAGACCUUGGAGACAGGGGACAUAUCUGCAACUAGCUUGGAUGAUGAAGAGGUAAGUAGUGACGGAGAAUAUGGUGAUGGACAGGAUUGGGGCAGGAGAGAACCUGAGAUAGUAUGUCGAAAUAUUGAUCAUGUUGAUAUGCUUGGUCUUAACAAAACCACGCUUAGACUUCGGUUUUUGAUUAAUUGGCUUGUUACUUCACUACUGCAACUAAAGUUAUCUGUUUCUGAUGGAGAUGAAAAAGUAAACCUUGUUCACAUCUAUGGUCCAAAAAUAAAAUAUGAAAGAGGUGCAGCUGUGGCUUUCAACCUCAGGGACAAAAGUAGGGGGCUAAUCAAUCCUGAGAUUGUUCAAAAGCUAGCUGAAAAAGAAGGAAUUUCUCUUGGCAUUGGUAUACUCAGUCAUAUACAGAUUUAUGAUAGCUCAAGGCAGCGUGGAGCUUUGAAUCUUGAAGACACAACUCUUUGCAAGCCUAUGGAGAACGGUCGGCAUGAUGGCAAAGGUAGCUUUGUAAGGCUUGAAGUUGUCACUGCCUCACUUGGAUUUCUGACAAAUUUUGAGGAUGUAUAUAAAUUCUGGGCAUUUGUAGCAAAGUUUCUCAACCCGGCAUUUAUCAGAGAAUGUGGCCUUCCUAUUGUUCAAGAAGGCUCAGAGACGUAA